CAACAGUUCUAUUUCUUGACCUGUGAAGUGGUUUCAUGGGUGUGCUCUUUUCGCGAUAAUUCAGCUGUACCCUUCUGUGCACUUUUCUGUAUGUACAUUGCAUUUCAACAAAAAGGGUUUAUUAUAAAAGCCCUGAAAGCCAGAGGCUACCGAGGUGGGGUUGAGGUAGAGGCAGAGGAGGGCAGAAGCUUUCCUGCGUCUGGGAAGGCUCUCCUCCCACAGUGUGGGCACCACGAGGGCAGGGCCCGUCUUCAUCUCUGUGGUCCCAGAACCCAGUCCUGAGCCUGGCACAGAAGGCCCAGGGUGGAUGAAUGAAGGAAACCGAGGAAGACGCAUUCACUUCCCCAUCCCCGUGUGUCACAGGAUUGUGCAUGGUCAGAGAACGGCAUCACACUCGGAUGGCUCUGUUCAGGGGACAAUCCUUGCCCCCAGGCCUGAUUCCUGGAAGAGCAAGAACAGGGAGACUCAAUCUCAUAUCCGCUCUGUGCUGGUGACCACUCCAGGGUCGCGCUCACACACGUCCAGUCUCGUUUAGUCGGUCCAGUUGGGUCACGGCCCAGGGCCGCCUGGGCCCUCUGAUGGAGAAGGGGGAGGGCCCGAGAAAGGGGCAGGAUCCAGGAUAAAAGCAGCAGCGGGCGCUCCAGGGCGGCUGACAACCUGACCCGUGCAUAGCUGACGCCAAACUCUGCCAAAGCGAACCCUUAUGGAAGCGAAGGAAGCCCGGCUGAACAAAGCCGAGCGGCGCAGGGGUCGCGCAGAGCCGAAGGGGAGCCGCGCGGGGCCGCGUGAGGCCCCUCCUCUCCCGGUGUCCACGCCCCUGCCCGAGCGCACGCUCCGAGCCUCGCGCCUUUGAACAGCAGUUGCUCACUCGGAUGCAACGGGUCGGUAGCGGUCUCCCCAACGGGAGCCAGGUGGCGUCCCGGCGUCCCAGCGUGGCCCUUGCCGAACAGAACCAGGUGGCCACACUGCCGGUGCGACUGCUCCGGGACGAUGUGGCAGCUGUGCCGGACGAUGUCCAUGCGAAGGAUGGCUUCCAGAUGAAGGUGGAUGCCCGCGGCUUCACCCCCGAGGAGCUGAUGGUGCAAGUGGACGGCAGAUUCUUGAUGGUGACGGGCCAGCGGCAACUGGAGGGCUGCAGCUCAAAUGGCUACAGCUACCGCAUGGCGCAGCAGGUGCACCAGCAAGUGCAACUACCGCCAGACCUGGAUCCCACUGCCAUGACCUGCUGCCUGACCCCCUCUGGCCAGCUGUGCUUCCGAAGCCAGUCCCCAGCGCUGCCUUCCCCUGAAGCCCAAACAGGACCGUCCCCAAAACUCAGGAGCCGCGGCUCUAAGAAGGGUUCCAACCUAGCCUGAGCCAGUAAACCACCACCGUAGUGUGCAGCAGCAACCUAGUGUCCGUGGUCUUUUCUCUGUGAUGCGGUCAGAGGUAGAGAUAGAACAAAGGUAGAGGGAGGCCAAGUGGUGGGCUCAGGGAGGCAGGAAAGGCACCUCAAGGUGGUGGUCCACCAAGAAUCAGGCCUCUGUGGCCCUUGGAGGAAGCUGGGAGGGACAGUGUUGCCCUACUCAGCUCAGCUCACUGCCUGGACCAAGAGCCCCAGCCCUUGGCAGCUGAGAGCAGCAGCUCCAGCAGGGAGCAGCAGAGGGCCAGGAGGGCCCAAGCAUCACCUGGCUCCAGAACCAGCAGAGGGCCGAGAGGCCAGGGACCAGAUGACUGGACCUGGUAUGGGGCUGCUGUCUUGGGCUUCUGACCAGUCCAAGGUUCUAGAGGUCAUCGGUGUUCCUUCCUCUUCAGAGAAGAGGUUGAGAGGACUCAGUGCCUCAUGGGCAUGGUAUAGACUAACCAAAAAACCCCAAAGAUGUUGUUUUUGGUCUUUCAGAGACCAGCAAUUUUCAAAUGUAAACUGCACAUCACCCCAAUAUAAUCUGGAGGGGGUGGGGGAGAGGCAAAUGCAGGACCCUCAACUGCAAACUUGGUGAGAUUCAGGUCACUCUUACCUCCACUCCCACCCCAUCAGAGCUGAUAACAGUAAGGGCCUCUUUCUCUUGGUUACCAUAACCACGAGCAUCCCCUCAUGGUGUGUGUGUGUGUGGGGGGGGGGGGGGGCUUUUGUUUAAU